AAGUCCAGCCAGGUGAUGCACAUCUAUAUAACGGAGUGGAACUCCUUAGCGGUGUUCAUUCCGGCAUCAUGCGGCGAGCACAGCGGAGGCCCCGACGCCCUCCUCUCCUACCGGCUCUGCUGGUGUUGGCGCUUUUCUCGUUGGCAGCGACGGCCGAACCCAGCCCCGGAGCCGUUUCCUUUCCAAAUGAUGGUGGUGUGUCAGUAACCAGAACGAGCCGUGGUCUCGGCUCCAGUCUCACCUUUCCCAAAGACUCGUCACGAGACGGCGACUCGGGUGUGAAGGUUGUCAGGUCCAUCUUGCCAGGCCAGUCAUCAGGCGGAUUCGCCUUUCCCUCCUCGGCGCAGAGCGACAGCACGCGCCAGUCGAAGAGCCUGACCUUCCCCACGGAAUCGUCGGCGUCCAAACUAGCGGAUCCGCAGCCCUUCAGGUCGCAGCGGGGCCUGAAGUUCCCCGGCAAAGGUGACGAUGGUGCCGCCGCCGCCUCAGAGAAAAAGGAGACGAGAAACGUCAACUUUGGCUACGACUUCGACGAAGGCGGCUACGGUGGCCACGGCGGCCACGGAUUUGAGGACGCCGCUUCCACCUCCGGGGGCGGCUACUACGGGGGCGGUGGCAAUGGAGGCGGCAGUAGCUUUGCUGGCGGAAGCAGCUACGGGGGUGCCAGCAGCUUCGGAGGCGGAGGUGCUGGUGGCUACGGAGGAAGCAGCAGCUUCGGAGGCGCUGGUGGCAGCUUCGGAGGCGGAGGUGCUGGUGGCUAUGGAGGAAGCAGCAGCUUCGGAGGCGAUGGUGGCUAUGGAGGAAGCAGCAGCUUUGGCGGUGAAGGUGAUGGAGCUGAAGACUAUGGCGAUGAGGGCUACUCGGCUGGACCACAUGGAUAUGGAUACGAAGAUGAUGUUGGAGGCUACGAUGAGGGAGGCUACGGCGACGAAGAAGCUGCCAGCCACGUGUCCCACGGAUACGGGCACGAAGAGCACGACCACGAAGUGCCGCACAACCACAAAGCCGACGGCAAGUGGAAAAAGAGGCUGAUUUGGAAGCCCCGCUGGAAGAAGGUGUGGAAGCAUGCCAAGAAGCAGAUCUGGACGCCACAUUGGAAGAAAACAUACAAGCCAUUGUGGAAAACCACUUGGAAACCGGACUGGAAGCAAAUUUGGAUUCCUGCGUGGAAACAGAUUUACAAGCCAGUGCUCGUAAAACAGUUGGUGCCAGGAGAAAAAACGCACGGAACUGAUUACGAAGGAUGGGAAUACACGUCGCACGAGCUGUGGAGGAAGAAGCUGAUUUGGAAGCCUUAUUGGAAAAAGUACUGGAAACCAGGCCAGAAGCAAAUUUGGAUUAAAGGCAAGAAGUUGAUAUGGCAGCCGGCAUGGCGCAAGAAGUGGGUGUCCGGUUGGAAACCAAUCAAGGUGCCCGCCUGGAAGAAAAUCUGGACGCCUGUUUGGAUAUCAGAGUGGGUGCCUUUCCCAAAACACGAGGAGGUUUGGGACCGCAAGUCUGCGUCGGCGACCGCUGAAUCAGGGCAGCAGCAGCAGCAGGAGGAUUUGGCCGGGCCGGAGGACCGUACGACGAGAGACACCUCCGACAAAGAAGCAGCGACGACGGGAUUCAAAUUCCCUCAAGUCGCAGCCUCUGCCGCAGCGGGCAAGCGGAUCGACCCUAAAAUCUCCACAUGGUCUUGGCAGUGAAUUGCCAGGAAAGUGGGUUUUGAGUGCAAAAGACUUAUAAACACUAACAUUAGUCUUGUAGAGGAAUGUGUUUAUUAAUUUAUUAGCUGUCUUGCGGGACAACAACCUGGAAAAAUGUAAAUACUGUGCGAGAAUAAAACGGGUUUUUCAAAUAAAAAUAUUGCUGAUUGUCUCAAAUGAAAA